CUAAAUAGAUCGUAUUGUAAUCUUUUCUCAGUCCAACGUGGUUUCUUCUGAGAGACUGCUUCACAUUUUCUGCACUUGUUUGGUAAGUUGAAAGCCUUGCCACCAUGCAGAGGACCGUGCACGCGCCUCUGCAGUUUUAUGAGAAGUUGGCCAGAGUGAUGAACUCGGACCAGGAAAGGCCGUUCGUGUGCAACGCUCCUGGCUGUUCUCAGCGAUUCCCCACAGAGGACCAUCUAAUGAUACAUCGACACAAACAUGAGAUGACCCUUAAGUUCCCCUCCAUAAAGAACGACAACAUGUUAUCAGACCAGACACCCACGCCAACACGUUUUUUAAAGAACUGUGAGGAGGUGGGCUUGUUCAGUGACCUGGACUGCUCAAUUGAGCAGGAAUUUUGCAAAGCCCAGGAAGAAGAGGACAGUAAACAGAACAUUUCACUGCAUGGCCAAGCAGGCCAAGGCCAGCACCAGCAGUCCCACUCACGAAUGGGCAAUCAUGAUACCAGCAUAGUGAUCCAGCAGGCCCUGCCCUCUCCUCAGUCCAGCUCUGUCAUAACUCAGGCUCCAUCAACAAAUAGACAGAUAGGGCCCGUCCCCGGCUCGCUGUCCUCACUACUGCACCUACGAAACAGACAGAGGCAGCCUCUGCCAGCCUCCAUGCCUGGAACUCUGCCAGACCCGACCAUGCCCGGCUCCUCUGCUGUGUUGAUGCCUAUGGAGAGACAAAUGUCCAUGGGCUCCAAUAUGAUGGGCAUGCAAAGCCCCGCCCACAGCAGCUCCUGCUCCUCCACUCACAUUCCCUCCAUGCACUCAGAGGCCAAACUGAGGCUAAAGGCUGCACUUUCACACCACCCCGGUGCCAUCGCAAACGGCAACAUGAACUCCAUGGGCCACAUGAUGGAUAUGAUGUCAUCACGGCAGGACCAAGGCGCUCACCAUCACAUGCACUCGCACUCGCACCCGCACCAGCACCUGCAAGCCCCUCCGCACGCAUACCAGCACCACGGACACCACCACCACAAUCAGGGCCACGCUCAGGGUGGACACCAUCACCCGCAGGGACACAAUCCCCAUCACAACUCCCACAACCCCCAUCUUCAUCCUGGGCACCCACAUCAGACAUCACCGCACCCUCCGAUGCACUCUGCUUCACAGAUGUCACCUGCAACCCAGCAGAUGCAGCCCACGCAGACGUUGCAGUCUCCGCCACCCAGUGGUGGACGGCGCAGACGAGUAGUGGACGAGGACCCGGAUGAACGUCGGCGAAAGUUUCUGGAGCGAAACAGAGCGGCUGCAACAAGAUGCAGGCAGAAGCGAAAAGUUUGGGUGAUGUCAUUAGAGAAGAAGGCAGAGGAGCUCACACAGACCAACAUGCAGCUUCAGAAUGAAGUCACAAUGCUAAAGAACGAGGUGACACAGCUCAAGCAGCUUCUCCUCACACACAAGGACUGUCCCAUCACCACUAUGCAGAAAGAGUCCCAAGGUUACCUCACAGCUCUGUGCACAGAAGCAGCCGAGCCUCAACGUGAGAAAGACAUCACAGUCUGCACGUUGACAUCACAGCCCUAAUGGAUGCCUGGGAUCUCACUGAUUUUUGGACUGUGCUUCAGCUCAGCCGUACAUGACAUCAGAGCCCCACCCUUUGAUACGGAUUCGAGUGACAUUUCCAUGUAAUUAGGAUAAGUCACCUCCCUGUGCAGCUUUAGGAAAAUAAGGCUCACGUCCCCCCUUGGCUGAAUGGCUCUUUUGUACAAGAGAAAGCCAACUCCCAGCCUGGGCUGGAAUGACUUUCAUCGAUGAGUCUAACUGGUGUAAAGAUGUCACCUACAAUGUGUCCAAAAUCCAUCAGGCGUAUUUACGGAGUGGAAUGAUUCACGUUUCCAUUUUUGUGUUAUCCAUUAUCGUCUAUUUUGAGAUGGAGGAUGAGACAUUUGGUGUAACCUUAGGUUGUCACAUGUUUGAAAUAAAUGCUCUUCUGCUAAUAAAGAUUUUUU